UUCUGAAGGAGUGCUUGCUAAGCCCCAAACCUGAGGAUUAUACAUGUGAUAGAGUUGCUCAGGUCAAUACUGAUUGGAGAUACUGUCCUCACUGGACCUGCUCAGAAACAGGAGCUGAAAAUUCCUCCUUAACCUGAGAGUUCUCUGGGAAGCACAUGAGAUUUCAUUUGACUGGUUUAUACCUGUGAGAAGUUCCCCAAGCCUGAAAUCUUCCACCCUGAACCCGUGUGGCUGUUGGCACACCGCUCCUGGGAUCACAAUUUGUUGAAAAAAGGAUUCAAAAAAGUUUCAGAGAACUGGAAAAAGAAUGCUCCGAGGCCGAUCUCUAUCUGUGACAUCCCUGAGUGGGCUGCCUCAGUGGGAAGUUGAAGAGCUUCCUGUGGAGGAUUUACUGCUUUUUGAAGUCGCUUGGGAAGUAACCAACAAAGUUGGUGGCAUCUAUACUGUGAUUCAGACAAAGGCCAAAACCACAGCAGAUGAAUGGGGAGACAAUUAUUUUCUGAUUGGCCCAUAUUUUGAGCAUAAUAUGAAGACUCAGGUGGAACAGUGUGAACCUAUAAAUGAUGCUGUUAGAAGAGCAGUGGACACAAUGAAUAAACAUGGCUGCCAGGUGCACUUUGGAAGAUGGCUGAUAGAAGGGAGUCCUUACGUGGUGCUAUUUGACAUAGGCUAUUCGGCUUGGAACCUGGACAGGUGGAAGGGUGACCUCUGGGAAGCAUGCAGUGUCGGCAUCCCUUAUCAUGACCGAGAAGCCAACGAUAUGCUAAUAUUUGGAUCUUUAACUGCCUGGUUCUUAAAAGAGGUGACAGAUCAUGCAGAUGGGAAACAUGUCAUUGCCCAAUUCCAUGAAUGGCAGGCAGGAACUGGGCUGAUCCUUUCUCGAGCUCGGAAACUUCCCAUUGCUACAAUAUUUACCACUCAUGCCACACUGCUUGGGAGGUAUCUCUGUGCAGCAAACAUUGAUUUCUACAACCAUCUUGAUAAGUUUAACAUAGACAAAGAGGCUGGGGAAAGGCAGAUUUACCACCGGUAUUGCAUGGAGCGGGCCUCUGUCCAUUGUGCUCAUGUAUUCACCACAGUAUCUGAAAUAACUGCAAUAGAAGCAGAACAUAUGCUAAAGAGGAAGCCUGAUGUAGUUACUCCAAAUGGCCUGAGUGUUAAGAAAUUUUCAGCAGUACAUGAGUUUCAAAAUCUACAUGCCAUGUACAAGGCCAGGAUCCAAGAUUUUGUUCGAGGUCAUUUCUAUGGUCAUCUGGACUUUGAUCUUGAAAAGACUUUGUUCCUUUUCAUUGCUGGGAGAUAUGAGUUUUCAAACAAAGGUGCUGACAUCUUCCUAGAAGCCUUAUCCAGGCUUAAUUUUCUGCUGAGGAUGCAUAAAAGUGACGUCACGGUAGUGGUAUUUUUCAUUAUGCCUGCCAAGACAAAUAAUUUCAACGUGGAAACACUGAAAGGCCAGGCAGUGCGGAAACAGCUAUGGGACAUUGCACAUUCUGUAAAGGAAAAAUUUGGAAAGAAACUCUAUGAUGCAUUGUUAAGAGGAGAAAUUCCUGACAUGAACAAUAUUCUGGAUCGAGAUGAUGUAACAAUUAUGAAAAGAGCCAUCUUUUCAACUCAGCGACAGUCUUUGCCUCCAGUGACCACUCACAACAUGAUUGAUGACUCCACUGAUCCCAUCCUCAGCACCAUUAGACGGAUUGGACUUUUCAACAGCCGCUCAGACAGAGUCAAGGUGAUUUUGCACCCAGAAUUUCUAUCUUCCACCAGCCCAUUAUUACCCAUGGAUUAUGAAGAGUUUGUCCGAGGUUGUCAUCUUGGUGUAUUUCCAUCAUACUAUGAACCGUGGGGUUAUACUCCAGCUGAAUGCACUGUGAUGGGUAUCCCCAGUGUGACAACCAACCUUUCCGGCUUUGGCUGUUUCAUGCAGGAGCAUGUGGCUGAUCCUACUGCUUACGGUAUUUACAUUGUUGAUAGGCGGUUCCGCUCUCCGGAUGAUUCCUGCAAUCAGCUGACUCAGUUUCUGUAUGGAUUUUGCAAACAGUCACGCCGCCAAAGAAUUAUUCAGAGAAACCGAACUGAGAGGCUCUCCGAUCUUCUGGAUUGGAGAUAUUUGGGCAGAUAUUAUCAGCAUGCCAGGUACCUGACACUAAGCAGAGCUUUUCCAGAUGAAUUCCAUAUGGAGGCUCCAUCACCACCAACAACCGAAGGAUUUAAAUACCCCAGGCCUUCCUCAGUUCCACCUUCCCCUUCAGGGUCUCAGGUCUCUAGUCCUCAAAGCAGUGAUGUGGAAGAUGAAGAAGAGGAUGAGCGAUACAAUGAGGAAGAGGAGGCUGAAAGGGAUCGGUUAAAUAUCAAGUCACCAUUUUCUCUGGGCCGUGUUCCUCGUGGGAAGAAGAAGCUGCAUGGAGAAUACAAGAACUGAAUUCCAUGCUGGUCGAACAGAGCUCAUGUAGUAAGAACAGAGGAAGAGUGAUUAUUUAAAGAAAAGAAAGUGCUACACAUUUCAUUCUCUUCUUCUCAAUGUUACAACGGGAUUUAUUCUCUGCCUAUGAAGGGGAGAUGAAGUGAAUGGCAAUUUGGUAAUUUCUAAUAAAAUUCAAGUUAUUUUCUUUCCCCCAUUCCUUUAUUCCCAGUAAAUUUAGGCAUGAGGAGGAGUGUUCAUUAAAGGAGGAAGACUAGAAGUAUUUUUAAAAUGGUUAAUUUAAGCAAUAAGAAUUUUCAUUUGCUAAUGUACAUUUUGAAAUUAGCAUCACCAUAAUCCUGUGCUUAGUAUUUAUACAACUGCCGUAUCUUCCAAACAAGUCUCCUAUUUUCCCCAAAAGGGAUCCUGAUCUGAGCCCAUAUUUUAAAUAACUCGAUCUUUAGUGACUAUUUUCAUGCUUCACAUGACUCAGAGCCAUAAAUUUCUAUCUAGCUCUGAACACAAUAAAAAAUCCAUAAGAAAAAAGCUGUCUUAAAUCCAGAUCCUGAUACAUAGUAAUUCAUAUUUACAAGGUCACGUCUCAACUUAAUGAUGGGAAGAUGUUACCACCUGCACUAUACCAUGUGACUGUAACAAUUUUUCUAUUCUUUAAAAGGAAAGCUGUUUGGAAGGAAAACUUGGUCAGUCUUCAGUCUUUUAAAAUCCAAAUAAAUUAAUAUAUCGAUAUUUAAUAUCAAGAUCAAAAUAUCAAUUAAGCUUUCAUUGAUGUCUUGUUUUCACUUGUUUAGACAUUUAAAUAAGACAAACAGUAUAAAAUACCUGCUAUGAAAUAGUGCCUUAUAAAGGAUAACAUUUAAAGCUAUCUUUUAAAAAAUUAAAAAAAGAAAAUAUAGAGUCUACUUAAUUAUAAUAAGGGCAAUGUCUCUAACACAUGCAUGAUGUGCUUAGAGACAUUGUUGAAUGAUUGUAGUUUAACAUAUUUAUGCUUUAAAUGUAAUGAAAUCUAUAUAGGUAAAAAAAGAAACAAUCCACAAACCCCACCUUCACUCUUGGACUAUUAUUUCCACAACUUAAGGAUUAUUACACUUAGAUCACAAUGAAUAGGUUGUUUGGCAUAUCAGUUGACCUGGAUCUGCAGAGGUUUUUCUUCUUCUUCUUCUUCUUCUUCUUCUUCUUCUUCUUCUUCUUCUUCUUCUUCUUCUUCUUCAUCUGCAGAAGUUUUAAACAAGUUUUAGUCUGGGGAACCUGGCUGGCUCAGUUGGUAGAGCAUGCAACUCUCCAUCUCAGGAUUGUAAGUUUGAGCCCCACGUUGGGUGUGGAGAUUACUUAGCAAUAAGAAAGAAAGAAAGAAGAAAGAAAGAAAGAAAGAAAGAAAGAAAGAAAGAAAGAAAGAAAGAAGAAAGAAAGAAAGAAAGAAAGAAAGAAAGAAAGAAAGAAAGAAAGAAAAGAAAAGAAAAGAAAGAAAGAAAAAGUUUAGCCUGCUCAGUGCUGGAUUGUUGAUGGCAACAAGGGAAGAAUAAUAGGCCAUGUGUGAGAUGGUUCAGGACUAGUGGAAAAAAAAUUUUUAAGAUUUUAUUUAUUUAUGAGAGACGCACACACACACACACACACACACACAGAGAGAGAGGCAUAGACACAGGCAGAGAGAGAAGCAGGUUCUACGCAGGGAGCCCAACGUGGGACUUGAUCUCGGGUCUCCAGGAUCACACCUUCAGGCUGAAGGUAGGGCUAAACCUCUGGGCCACUGGGGCUGCCCUAGUGGAAAACUGUAAUACAGCUCUCCUACGGUCUGCCCCAUUGUUAAGAAAAAGUAGAUGAAGGUGGAUAUAAGCCCAGUGGAAGAUGGUUGCAAACUCACUUCAUUUAGAGGUUCAGGAAAAAGAGAAAUAAAUUACCUAAAACCUAAUCCUUGAAAAAUGUCUGUCGAUGCCAAUUAACCCAAUGUCUGCAGAGCAGUUUGGGAACGUCUGCACAGGAAAUCAGAAAAUAUGAGAGGGAUUUGUAUUACAAUAUAAACACUCAUUCGCUGAAGUGUCAGAAAAAUCUUACGAUAAAAAGAGGUUUAAUGUUACAAUAACCAUAAAAAUAUAUUCCUAGUAAAGUGGCAUAAUGUGUAUAUUCAAAUGAUAUCCGUGGUUGGUAACUGGCUAGUCCACUGUUAUUGAAAGCAUGAGGUUUCCUCAGUAAAAUAGCUUCUUUAAAAAAAUAUUUAUUUGAGAAAUCUCUACACCAAAUGUGGAGCUCAAACUCAUGAUCCCAAGAUCAAGAUUCUCACGUUCUUCUGACUAAGCUAGCCAGGAGCCCCAGUAAAAUAGCUUCUUAAUAUAAAACUUUAAAAUUCAAGUGCUUUUUUUUUUAAAAAAAUGGAAGAACAGUUCUCUAAUUAGAAAUGAGUACAAAUGAUAGAGCUUGUGGAAAUUCACAGACUUGCAAACACCUGGUUUUGAGCCACCUAGUUCUACCCUGCACUCGCUCCUCUAUUCAGAGAGCUGCUGCCCCUGGAUUCCAUCCCCUUCCUCCAGUCAUUUUUUUGUCCUCUCCCCAAGACUGACAAAGCCAGAUGAGGAGCAACAGACAGGAUUGUUAGUAGAAGACUCUGUUUCUAGCACAGUGCCUUAUAUACAGUAGCUGCACAAAUGAAUGGUCUCCCUGGGAGUAGAGGUACAGAAAAACUGAUGUUUUUAAAGUGUAUGUAUUCAUAAGCUGGAGUACAGGAACUAUAGAAAAUAGUCAAUGUGUGCUUGACCAGCUGACAGAAGACUUUUUUAAUGCAUUGGACCACCCUCUUCCUUCCAUGUUAAGAAUUAGGGUGAGCAGAGCUGGUUUUACAUAUACUGAUGAGAAUAUCAAAUGUUGCAAGUGCUCUGCUAAUUGUUUCCCAGGGCACAAGGAGGACUCAGGAGAGGGACUGGUCAAAUGUACUUGGGGAGGCCUAAAGGGUGAGGAUACACUUAUGUGAAGUCACAUGGGGGUACAAUUGCCAGCUUCACAUGGGGCAGGCAGAGGGAGAGGGAGAAGCUGGCUCGCCGCUGAGCAGAGAGCAGGACCUGGGGCUCAAUCAAAGGACCCUGGCAUCAUGACCUGAGCCGCAGGCAGAUGCCCAACCCACUGAGCCACCCAGGCGCCCACCCAGUUUUAAAACACAAGCCGUACAAAUGUGAACAUCUUUUGUCCAUUUCAAUUUUGAAAAAGCUAGAAAUAAAGAGAAUUGCAAAGAUAUUCCAAGAGACAUAGAAUGUUAUAGCAGCUGGGCAUAGGGGCUUGUAUGCAAAUACCAUGUUAAUGAGGCACAUCUGUACAGCAGAACAAUAUUCAAGGAAUUUAAGCACGUAUACAAUACUUGGUACUAUAUAUCAUAUGAAUUGUAUUCUAAUAUGAUACUGUAUUGUUUUAAUAAUUGUUGCUUAUUUAGAAAGUUUUUGAAAACUUUUUAAAUUUCAAGUGUGAAAUGCUUGAGAUUUUUCUAUUUAGUAGUGGGAAGAAUUAUUUCACAUGUUGGGGUUUUAAAAUAGUCUUGGAGUAAGCAUAAUAUUUAAAUAGCCAGUAUGUACACACCUAUAUCGGAUGAGCAAAAUCUCAAUAAACUGGACAUAGGUAUUAUCUAGAAAAUCCACUUAAAGUCAAAUCAUAACAAAUCACAGAUGCCUAUUACGAUACCACAAAAUUUUUUUAAUGCUAACAUAUUUUUGGAAGAGAUAAAUGUAACAAUAACUUGAAUAUAGUUUCAUUAUUCAAUUAUGAUACAAGAUACAGACAAAUCUUAUAAGCAGGGUUUUAAUUUCAUAACACAGUGAAUUGUAAUUCCAAGGUACAUUCACAUAAAGAAAUCCUUUAGCUACUGAAUAAUGACUAUAUACUGACGACAGUAAGAAUUAACAAUACUUUCCACUAUGACAUUUAUCAAUAACAACUCUCAACUAAUUAGGUGAAAAAAAAUUAACAUGUUGAUCAUAUUGUAAUUCCAAAUAAAUAGGUUAUUAUG